AUCUGACAGUAAUUCUGCGCAGGCCCGCGGAAAAUAAUAAACGCGUGUUCAUAACCCUAAAAUACUGAAAAAUAGAAUUUCCUUGGAAAAACCUGAUGAUCACAUCACCUCAUCACAGAGACAGAAUAGAAUUGAAAUAAAAGAAUCCCCAGGUCGUCCCCAUCAACAAUGACAGAUAAACAAGAGCCAAACGAUGAAAUCUGCUCGAUGUCCAAGAAAUUCGAGGCGAUAACAACAACUGAUAAAAACUCCCACGAUCGUGCAGGUGGCAAUUCAUCGCUAAUAAUAUCUUCAAUUCAGCAGGAAAUGAGACAGGACAGCGAGGAGUUUUUCCUGAGUCGUGGAGCCAAAAAGGAUAUUCCAGAGAGAAUAAUAUUUGUUGUGGACACUAUCAGAGAGAAUGACUGCACUCCCUUCGAGAUAGGCUCUGGUGCUAAAUUCCUACCUCUGGAGAUGAUAAAACGAGUCGUGGAGAUAUUUAUCUGCGCCAAGGGCACCAUCAGCAGGAAACACGAGUACGCAAUCGUCGAGUUGACUGGUGAUAUUGUUCACUGGCUGUGUGACUUUACAGACAAUCCCAAGUCCCUGAUUAAUCAUCUGGACAGGGUCGAGGACGUGGCCCUGGAGGAGAACUCCAGGGGCUGUGACCUGACUGAGUGCUUUCAGCUGAUUGUUAAGAAAAUCGAUCUGGAGUGGAGCUCCAGGGAGCCCAAUUCACUCACCAGAGUUAUCCUUAUUUACUCGAGGUCACACUGUGUUCCAGGAUUCUCGGAUCCCACAAGUUUUCGUACUCUCAUGGAAAAUCCACAUUUUUUUACUGAUGUCGUUUACGUGCAUGAGCCUGUCACGGAUGAGAACGAGUGUGAAGAAAUCUACACGAAACUUGGGGAGCUCGAUGUCAAACAAAAUUCUUAUAUUUUUGAGGUUGGCAGAAAUGCUGCUGCUCUCCAUAAUACGAUGGCCAAAUUACUGGCUCAUCCUCUCCAACGACCUAAGCAAGAUGACACCAGCUACGUUCCUCAGUACUUAGAGACACAUGAUAUUCAGACUAAUGUUUGAAAAUGUUUUUGUCAAGUCGUGGAAUCGUUUGUCUUGGAAAGCCAAUUCUAUUAAAUUAGAGGACAUUCUUGGGAAUUUUUUGAAUUUUAUUUUCAAAGAGUUCUCGGAUAAUUUUUUUCAAGGAAUUUUAAUGAAAUCCAAUUCCACAGAAAAAUGUAAAGACUUGUUUCAGAAUUUAUUCUUUGAGUUUUGGGACUCGAACUCUUUCACCACUUUUUCAUUGACUCCGAGGUUCUUGUGCUUUGUGUAAGAGAGGAGAUUCGAUUUUUUAAAGACUAAAUUAUAAUAUUCAAUUGAUUCGGUUUUUCGUUCCUUUAGAUGGAGUAUAUUGUCAAAUAAUUACAGAGCUUUGAUUCUGUACCUGGGAGACAGUGAAUUGUAUUGUGUUUGAUUAUGCAGGGCGUGGAGAUGAUGAAGGACCUGAUCGAUGAAUAAAUAGUAUAUGUUUCUUGAUUAAA